AAAUUGGGAAAAUGCUGGACAGUGUGGAUUUGUGAGGCCAAGCUAGGAUUUCGAUUCCAAUAGAGUGGGUGCUUUUGAGCCUCCCAAUUUCAACAUAAAACCCUCCACUCUUCUUCUCCAAUCUUUGGCUUUCUUUGUUUCUUUCCGUUCUUUCACGGGUUUCUCUUACAUAUAGAUCUUAACAUUCCUUCAGAUCUCGUGGUACGGCUGGAGGAGGACGUUCUCGGAAAAGCCCAAAUCCAUCUUCCUCGAAAUCCUUUCUUGGGUUUCUCCAUCUCCUCUGCAUUGUGCUGAAAAGAUUAAUUUCGAAGCCCCUCAGCAAGAAGGUUCGAAGAUGGCUUCAAAGCCUUUUACUGUAGAUUUAAACAAGCCUCUCGUUUUUCAGGUUGGUCAUCUUGGAGAAGCUUACAAUGAAUGGGUUCACCAGCCUAUAAUUAGCAAGGAGGGCCCUCGAUUCUUUGGAAAUGAUUUUCUGGAGAUGUUGACCCGAACAGUAUGGUGGGUAAUUCCACUUGUUUGGCUGCCAGUGAUUUCAUGGUUGGUUUCUGUGUCAUUAUCGAGGGGCCUUACUCCCUCUGAUGCAGCUUCAUGUUUGGCUGGUGGGAUUUUCAUCUGGACCUUGCUUGAGUACACAUUGCACCGCUUUCUUUUCCACAUGGAAACAAGAAGCUACUGGGCAAACACUCUGCACUAUCUACUUCAUGGUUGUCAUCACAAGCAUCCAAUGGAUGGACUCAGACUCGUCUUCCCACCUGCUGCAACAACUAUUUUGAGUGUGCCGUUGUGGAUCGUGAUUAGACUUACAUCGACUCCAGCUGUAGCUCCUGCUUUGUUUGGAGGUGGGUUGCUGGGAUAUGUAAUGUACGACGUAACUCAUUAUUACUUGCAUCAUGGAAAGCCAUCCCCAGGGUUAUCUCAAAAUUUGAAGAGAUAUCACUUGAACCAUCACUUCAGAGAUCAAAGUGAGGGAUUUGGAAUCACUUCUCCAUUAUGGGACAGAGCAUUUGGAACAUAUCCUACAACUAAAUCCACUCAGAAAAACAAAUGACGAUAUUGGUUGCACAGAUAUUAAGUCGUCACCAGAUUUAUGUAUUGAGUUUGUUCUUUCUUUCUUUCUUUCUUUCCUUUUUGUACAUUGAGCGCAUCAAAUUCAUGCUUCGACAACCAUUAUAUAUCUUUUUUUGGGGGUGAUAGCCUGUGCCUUGUUUGGAUAUCGUAUUGUUCCUUCUUCCCUUCCCUUUUGGUUAUCAGAUGUAGUAAGGUACUUUCAUGUAUAUUAGCUAUGGAGAGACACUUUGAAUGAGGAUUUUGUGUUUUUCA